UCGAGAUUUUGACGAUCGUGCAGUUUCUCUCAGGGCGCUGAAGUUUUUUUGGUUUCCACGCACGACUCUGUACAUAUUUUCCCAAAAAUCCUAGUCUCGAAAUCCCAGGCAAACUCUCUCUUCGUAGAAAACAUGGCUCGAGGACACCAGAAGAUCCAGUCACAGCAGAAGGCGCAGGAGAAGCAAGCCAAGAUGAAAAAACAACAGGGCCACGGACUCAGCGAUCAGAUGAAGGCAGCCCAGAAGGCGCUCGUGUUCUCGUGCGCGGUCUGCAAAUCGCAGAUGCCCGAUCCCAAAACGUACAAACAACACUUUGAGAACAAACACCCGAAGAACGAGCUACCGGCCGAGCUGAAGGAUGUAUAAGUGCGAGAAGCUUCGCUUACCGCUCAUGUUUGGCGAUAGCAUCUUCCACCUUUGCUUUGAACACCGUUUAGAAAUUAGUGGCAGAGCGGAGGUUGGGUCGCUCUUCAUUUACUCCUUUCUAUCCAGUGCUAUGCAAACACCCGUACAUUUAAGCAUCUCCACACUUCGAUCAAGGUUUUUUAGGCUUGACCAACCGAUAGGAAACCGCUGCACGCGUCCGGUGCACUGAUAGGCAACGCGUUACUUUUGUUUCGGCUGUGUCCGGGUGCGCAUGCUACCAUCUUUUCUUUCCAUCCAGUGCAGCCACACUUUGAUAAUCGUAUGAUAAAUGAAUAUUCUAAUAAAACCGUUGACAAUUUUUGAA